AACACAUUCUACUCAGGAACAUAUUCAUUUGGAAGAAUAUUAGUAAAACCGAAAUGCCUAAGAAAGUGAGGGACAGUGAACAAGAAGAAAAUGAGCAAGAAGGAGGUGAUGAGGUCUCUGAGGAAGCCGCUCCCAAGACUCCUCCUAAUAGAGGGAUAUCAAAGCUCGACUUCGUCAUGAGAAUCGUUGCUGCUAUCAGUAUUAUGGGAAGUGCCAUUGCGGUAGGAACGGCUAAUCAUACACUUUCUUUCUUCAACCAAUUCAUUCGUUUCAAGACUCAGUACCAGGAUCUUCCCACUUUCACGUUCUUUGUGGUUUCAAAUGUUAUAGCAACUGCGUACCUCAUUCUUUCUCUCGCACUAUCAGUAUUUCACAUGUUGAAGAGUGGAGCAAAAGUGACGAGGACUGUGUUAAUCAUACUUGACAUGAUAAUUCUGUCUCUUUUGACGGCUGGGGCUUCUGCUGCGGCUGCCAUCACUCACUUAGCCCACAAGGGCAAUGUUCAGGCCAACUGGUCCGCUAUCUGUCAGCAGUAUAACUCCUUCUGCGAGCGAGUCUCUGGCUCUUUAGUUGGAUCCUUCAUAGGAAUUCUUGUGCUUAUGCUGCUGAUAGUGUUGUCUGCUGUGGCCCUCUCCCGAUAGUAAUGUUGCAACAAGAGUUUUGUUUUCUCAAGUUUGCACCGCUGCAAGUACUCACCCUUUGUUUCUCUCGUCACGAAAGCACGUGAUUUAGUUCAUGGCAAAUUCAAGUUCUUUCUUUUAAUUACACAUUGUAUUAGUUUAGAGAACAAUUUAAAGUUGUUUAAUUAUAGCUAUGGAUUUCACAUUGUAAUAAUCUAAUGAACGAUAUCUUUGUUAUUGCCAUUAUGUUUU